UCACACAAGUGAGUGUGAUGGGUGGCAGCUUAUGGAACUCAUUGCCGUACUUUCGUGCACACGGGGAGUUUGACAAGGAGCUCCUCGCCCUGUUCAAUCGCAACGAGGAUGACAUCCAAGACAACUUCAUGCAACGGCGUGGAACGCGCGGCGACGAGGAUGACGUUGACGACGAUCGUGACUACGCGUUGGGGGAGGAGGCGUCCGUCAUGGCACGGAGACGGGCAGAGAUGUUGCUUCGUCGCGACGUUGUGAAGUUGUGGGACAACUCACACCUCACCAUCUGGAGGCCGGGGCUCCUGCAGCGAGACAACCUACAGCUUGUGGAAAAAAUACUCGGGGUUUUCACCUCUCGGGUUGAUGUAAAGCACUUGGCGGAGGCUAUUUUGGAGGACAUCAUUGCCUCGUUGGAGGAUGAGCGUGGGUUCAACGAGGUGGGCACCGCCAAAGUCAUCGGCGGGAAUAAUGUGGUGGUGCGGGCCAAAAUGAAGGAAGCGGAGAUGGAGUGGAGUUGGCACGGCAAACGCAUCGUGACCACCUCUGCAGACUCCUGA